AACAGUGUUUUAUAAAUUUCAAGUGAUCAGUUUUGUUUUUCCAUGAAAAGAAAAUGAUCAAACAACUCAAAACAAGUCAAACGUUUUUUUUAAUAUUCCAAACAAUGAAUUUUUAAAAAAAUUUUUGUAUUAAUCGUUUAAAAAAAAAGUUUUUCAAGUAAAAUGUCUACGGAAUCUGGAAAUCGUGUAGGUGUUAGUGGUUCCCCAAUAAUUACCGGUAAUGGUAUUUUAACGAAUAAUAAUAAAUUGUUAACAAAUUGUGGACCCCCUGACAUGCAUAAAUAUGUAACUGCCGCCCAAAAAGAUGAGCUUAUUAAAGAACAAUUUCAACAGAUAUGUAAAUUAAAAAAAGAAGUCGAUGGUUUAAUUAGCGAACGUGAUUUACUGUUAUGUGAAGUGAGUAAUUUACGUUUUGAACUUGAAAUGGCAGAAUUGAAACGGAUUCAGGAUGAAAGUUUUCCACAUCGAAUGGAACGGACAUCGUCUGUGGCAGCCGUGACAAUGUUCUCACCAGGUCAAACAUACGUUCCAAGUCAAUCAUACAUUCAAGCUCAAAACUAUCAAGUACCAACGUACCCAAACAUCAUGAAAAGUUAUCCUGGAUCCGAGACACAAAAUGUUGCAUUCAUACAAAGUCCAACACCGACAAUCCACAAACAACAAUCCAUACGGAACGUAAGCGGUGAAAUGAAACGUAAUCGGACACAAACCGGCUACGAACUGUCACAAGAUUUAUUGGACAAACAAAUUGAAAUGUUGGAACGAAAAUAUGGUGGUGUGAAAGCACGUAAAGCUGCGCUAACAAUCCAAAGAGCUUUUAGACGAUACACAUUAUUAAAAAAAUUCGCAGCAAUUACAGCUAUGGCCAAAGCAGAAAAACGACUAUGUCGUAGAUUACCAAAUAUGGUUGAAGCUACCAAUGAAUCACUACAUAUGAACAGUGUUGGGGCACCGAUUGAUCCAAAUCGACGGGUCAAAAGUCCUGAGGGUGAUCAUACACAGACAUAUGCAAAUACGUACGAAGCAUGUAAUAAUAUAAACAAUAAUCCAUCAUCAAGGCCGGUUCGUUCAAUGUCGUUACGAGAACGUCGAAAUUUGGAUAUGAGUCAAUUGCCACGAAGUCAGUCAGGAACAGCCACCACAUGUUGGGGUAAUUAUGUGGGAACAUAUUAUGUACAACGACAGGAUAACAUAAACGAGGAUAUGCUAAACAGUCCCGUAAAUGUAAGUUCCUGUAAAGUAUGUUCACCAAGUGGUGGUAUCCCACCAAAUAUACAUUGGACACGAACGCCAGAGAGUAGUUACUCUGGUGUGGGUGGUCCAAGUACACCCAACAAUGUAAUAUAUGCGCAAGCACGAAUAAAUCCACAAUCAUCACCGCAGACACCCCAACAGCUUAUGGCACAGCAAAGUGCGCAGUACCAACAACAAUUACAAGCGCAACAGUCUGCAUCAGCGAAAAAAAUCCCACCAGAAGUACCAAAACGAACUUCGAGUAUAUCAUCGAAAUCAAUGGAGCCACGAUCGUAUCGAACCGCCAGUGGGGGAUUGAGUAAAUGUGCUGAUAAUGGUAGCUUAUCGAGUGUACAAAGUUCUGGCAGUGAUAGUAGCAUCUCGACAGAUCGAGUUAUGUGCGGUGAUAGCAAUUCAACCGGGGGUUGUUCAUCGCCAUUAUGGAAACGAAAAGGUUUAGGACAUUCACAAUCACCAGAAGCUGUUUCAGAAAGUAGUUUAAUCGGUAUAUCGCAUACAUCGGCCUCUGUAUACGCUUUAGAACAACCCGAACAACCAAUGUCUACCCCAAUUAGUUAUAAAGUAUCGGAAACAGUACGCAAACGUCAAUACAGAGUCGGAUUAAAUCUAUUCAACAAGAAACCAGAACGUGGUAUAACAUAUCUAAUGCGUCGAGGUUUCCUUGAAAAUUCACCAGAAGCUGUUGCACGAUUUCUUAUUUCACGUAAAGGCUUAAGUAAACAAAUGAUUGGUGAAUAUUUAGGCAAUUUACAAAAUCAAUUCAAUAUGGCAGUUUUAGAAUGUUUUGCCCGUGAAUUGGAUUUAUCUGGAAUGCAAGUGGACGUUGCAUUACGUAAAUUCCAAGCAUACUUCCGUAUGCCAGGUGAAGCUCAAAAAAUCGAACGUUUAAUGGAAGUAUUCUCGCAACGAUAUUGUCAAUGUAAUAUCGAUAUUGUAACACGUUUACGUUCACCAGACACAAUAUUCGUGCUAGCAUUCGCCAUCAUCAUGCUGAACACCGAUCUACACACACCAAAUCUAAAACCAGAACGACGUAUGCGUCUGGACGAUUUCAUUAAAAAUCUUCGCGGCAUCGAUGAUUGUGGUGAUAUAGAUCGUGACAUGCUAGUCGGCAUCUACGAACGUGUCAAAGCGAACGAAUUCAAACCAAGUUCAGAUCAUGUGACCCAAGUGAUUAAAGUGCAAGCGACUAUUGUGGGUAAAAAACCGAAUAUGGUGUUGCCACAUCGACGUUUGGUCUGUUAUUGUCGAUUGUAUGAGAUUCCUGAUAUUAAUAAGAAAGAACGACCUGGGGUCCAUCAACGAGAGGUCUUCUUGUUUAAUGAUUUACUUGUGAUCACGAAAAUUCUAAGUAAAAAGAAAUCGUCUGUAACGUAUACAUUUCGACAGAGCUUUUCAUUAUGUGGUAUGGUUGUUACUUUAUUUGAAGUUCCACAUUAUCCUUUUGGAAUACGUUUAGCUCAACGUGUCGAUGACAAAGUACUUAUUACAUUUAAUGCUCGUAACGAGCACGAUCGUUGUAAAUUCGCUGAAGAUUUACGUGAAUCCGUCUAUGAAAUGGACGAAAUGGAGAAUUUACGUAUUGAAGCUGAAUUAGAACGUCAAAAGUCUAGUCGUGGUGGUAAUCGUUCUGGUGCGGAGAAUCGCGAUAGUGGUGUGGCCGAUGUUGAAAUAUGCUCGUGUACUCAGGGUACAAUUCUAGUCAAAGAUGGUAAUGGUGGGGAUCGUACUGUUGUCCAAACACAACAGCCAACAAACGAACAAAGUCAAAGAGAUGCACAACUUAAGAGAACUGCUCUCAGUAAUUCUUUACUCGAUAUUCAUGAUCAAUUUACAGGUGAAAAACCACAAAGGAGGGGUAGUGUGGGAUCAUUAGACAGUGGAAUGUCUGUAUCGUUUCAACCGACAAGCUCAUCGACACUAUCGCGAAUUGAAUUCGGACAAGGCGGUCAAAAGCCAAAACCAAUGAAUCAACAGCAAUCAUUCCUUGGUGGUCUAUUUCAUAAACGUGAACGUAAAUUAUCUCGUACUGAGGAUCCAACACAAAAGGAUCCAUUUAUACGUUCAACAGAAGUUUAA